AUGAAUGGCGUCGACGUUAAGCGCUUCGUGCGCUACUUCUAUGACCCUCCACCAAAAUACGAUGACAUGUCCGGCACUUCUGUAUGGCUGCUGGGGAAGGAGUAUCAGGCUGCACCCCCCAAGCCAGUAACAACGACGGACCACGACGAUGUGGUCGAAGUCGAGUCCUCCUCAGAUUCUCAUGACCCUUCUGAUGCUAGUGCUCUUUCAUCCACAACAGAUCAGCCUACACAGCAGCAGCCUAAUGAAUCUCACUCACAAAACACAAGCAGUUUUGACGAUGCCCAGCAUGUGGCAGGGGGAAACAAUCUACCGUCCUUAUCAAAUGAUCCGUCCGAUCGAGGAUGGCCCAUCACAUUCCUUGACGACUUCGAAUCUCGGAUAUGGAUGACCUACCGCUCCAACUUUACGCCCAUCCCUCGAUCGCAAGAGCCCGGCUCUAAUGUAUCCUUAUCUCUGUCCGUUCGCCUACGCAACCUUACCGAGAGGGAUGGCUUCAGCAGCGACACAGGCUGGGGAUGUAUGAUUCGUUCGGGACAAUCGCUUUUGGCAAACGCCCUGGUUAUGCUCCAUCUGGGCCGGGAUUGGCGGCGACCUCACACAUCCUCCCUCGACUCCCCUUCCUCCACCCAAACUCAAACCGAAGCCUCCAUCCUUUCCCUCUUCGCCGACUCCCCCCUCGCCCCCUUCUCCAUCCACCGCUUCGUCCAACAUGGCGCGUCCGCCUGCGGCACACAUCCAGGCCAAUGGUUCGGGCCUUCGGCCACGGCUUCGUGCAUCAAAGAGCUUUCCGCCGAAUGUGCUGCCGCAGGACUACGAGUCUACGUGACACCAUCGGCGAGCGAAGUAUACGAAGACAAGUUCCGCAACAUUGCACGCGCUUCUGCUACGGAUCUCACCAUUAGACCUACGUUGAUCCUGCUGGGAAUAAGACUGGGACUGGACCGGAUUACACCCGUCUAUCAUGAAGCCCUCAAAAGCAGCCUCACAUACCCUCAAUCAAUUGGUAUUGCGGGUGGCCGGCCAUCCUCUUCACAUUACUUCAUUGGCUGUCAAGGGGACCUCUUCUUCUACCUCGACCCCCACGAGACCCGCCCUGCGCUGCAGCACCAUUCUGACCCCAAUGAAUACACGGACGAAGAAAUCUCCACAUGCCAUACGCGCCGUCUCCGUGGUCUGAGGAUCAGUGAGAUGGAUCCAUCCAUGCUUAUCGGCUUUCUCAUCAAGGACGAGCAAGACUGGGAAGACUGGAAAAGAAGGAUAAAGGAGGUCAAAGGCAAGGCGAUCGUGUCGGUCUUUGACAAGGAGCCGCCCGUGCCUGGGGAAACGAAGGAGAGGAAGGAGGCCGUGGACGAGGUGCAGACAUUCGAUGACGAGGACGAGGAUGAUGAGACUGUUACUGUCACAGGGAAGGAGGACGAACAAGAAGCUAAACCCGAGGGUGGCGAGGGAGACGAAGAUGGCAUCAAAGUCGAUCGCGAAGCGGAAGGAGAUGGUGAAGGAGAAAGCGAUACAAUCCAUGUUGGACUCGAUGCCCCGAUAGAGGAGCCUGUCAAGGUCGACGGUCCUGCAGCAAGGGAAGAAGACACAGUCGAAGUUCCCUGA